GAAACCCACCACUACCACUAUGAAACCACAGCAAAAACUUGAUCCAACUUUAGCGGUUUUACCGACAGCCAACCUUUUAAGAGAAUACCAUAAGCUUGAACAAGAAAUAGAGCGAAGAAAAAAGGUUUUACAGAACUACAGGCAAAAUAACCUUCAGUCAUCUAACAACGAAGUACAACAACCAGAACAGCCUUCAAAUAAUCAGUACAAAGUGCAACGACCACCACCUCCUAUAAAAAUGCCGACCUUAGAGUUUCCUCAGCCAUAUCAGUCAGAUUCAGAGCUGGCUAAAUUAUAUCAACCGGCUCCAAAAACAGGAGUAAGGAAAUAGUUUUUCUAAG